GGAAGAAUGGAGUUUCCAGACCAUAGCCGCCAGUUACUGCAGUGUCUGAGUCAGCAGCGUCACCAGGGCUUCCUGUGUGACUGUACUGUUUUAGUUGGAGAAGCUCAGUUCAGAGCCCACAGAGCUGUUCUUGCUUCUUGCAGCAUGUACUUCCAUCUUUUCUACAGGGACCAGUUAGACAAAAGGGAUAUUGUGCAUCUGAACAGUGACAUUGUCACAGCCCCAGCCUUCAGUCUGCUGCUUGAAUUCAUGUACGAAGGAAAGCUGGAGUUUAACAGUCUUCCAGUUGAAGAUGUGCUCGCUGCAGCGAGCUACCUUCACAUGUAUGACAUUGUGAAAGUCUGCAAGGGCAAGUUGAAAGAUAAAGAAUUGUGUUUGGAAGAAAAGAUUGAUGAUGUGGCUAAUUUGGAAAAAGAGCAUUUUUUAGACACGGGAGUGCCCCUGGUACAUGAGUUUGACCCGGGACACAAACAAAAAUUCACUGUCGCAGAAUAUGAUAGAUCAACGAAUAAAGAUAGGAUCAGUGGUCACCCUGGCUGGUCCUCUGAUCUUAUAAGUGUCAGCUCUGUGUCUGCAGAGGCGGAAUCAUGUACCACAGCAGCUGGAAAAACAAAGGCUACUGUCAAUAGUUCUGCAGGAUCUUUGUCCCAAAGGUCUGUUAACCAUACCCCGGCUUCAAGUGAUGUGGACUGUGCUCUGGAUUUGUCUUUCAAGCCUGUGUCUGGGAGAGAUUCCUUACACCCCUCCUACGUCUUUGGACAGCUGGCUUCCGACAGCCAGCAGCAGGGUACUGAGCCACUUGUUAAAGAUGAACAAGACUUGCUGUCAGAUCAGGAGGACAGUGAAGCAAGGAGUCCAGAGAGUCAGCAUUUUGGGAAUUCAGCCAAAAGCCUAGUGACAGGGUUAGGACACAUGUUCACAGGAAACGGCAAUUCUCAUGCAAGAGAAGAUGAUAUAGAUCAAGACCGAGAUGAGAGUGAAGAUGACAUGGAUUCAUCAGAUAUCUCCUCCUCUGGUGUGCUUGUGCCUCCUGGGCAUAUCUGCAUUUGCCCCCUUUGUAGCAAAGUUUUCCCAAGCCCACACAUCUUGCAGCUGCACCUGAGCUCUCACUUCAGAGAUAAAGAUGGCUCAAGGACCAGGUUGUCACCUGAUGGUUCGGUGCCCACCUGUACGCUUUGUGGGAAGACUUUUUCUUGCAUGUACACCUUAAAGAGACAUGAAAGGACUCACUCGGGCGAAAAGCCUUAUACCUGUGCCCAGUGUGGAAAGAGCUUCCAGUAUUCCCACAAUCUCAGCCGUCACGCAGUAGUGCAUACCAGAGAGAAACCCCAUGGCUGCAAAUGGUGUGAAAGACGAUUUACACAAUCCGGUGACUUAUACAGACACAUCCGUAAAUUUCAUUGUGGCCUCGUAAAGUCCUUGGUGGUUUGA